AUGAAGCCCAUCGCCCUCUUUGCGAGCUUGCUCCUCCUCACCUGCCUCGGCAUCGCCUCUGUGGCGUCGCUCCCCGACAUCGACGUGCUGGACAAGGACGUGAUCGAGAAGAUCUACCGCCUGCACUCCCUCUACACCGAUGGCAACACCGAUCCGAGGGUCAUCGAGGAGAGCCUGCUGCGCGACAUCCAGAGCGCGGGACAGUGGGCCCUGACGGGCUUCCACGUGUACGACAACAACUUUUCGCCGCGCCUCGGUCUGCCGCGCGACAGCUUUGCGACGCUGCCCGAGUGGCUGCGCUUCGAGCACGGACAAAAGUACCGCCCCAAGAUCGAGGAGAUCCUGCGCGACCGGCUGCAAGAGUCGCAACUUUGA